AUGGAAAUUACAGUGCUUAUUUCCGGAUCUGGAUCGAACCUCCAAGCUCUUCUCGAAGCGCAGAAAAACUCGCUUUUGAAAGGGAAAAUCACACAGGUUAUCUCAAGCAGUGAAGAUGCCUAUGGCUUGCAGAGAGCUGCAAAGUUUUCCGUCCCAUCCAAAACACACGUCUUAAAAAAAUACUACAAGGGCACAACUAAAGAUGACAAGGAAGUCCGCCGCGAGAAAAGAGAGCAGUUCAAUAAGGACUUGGCCAACCUCCUCAUACAUGGAAACAUUGAAGGUACCAAAGACUCUACCUACUCCAAGCCCGGUUUGAUCGUUUGUGCUGGUUGGAUGCUCAUCUUGUCUCCUUCCGUCUUAACUCCGUUGGCCAAGGCUGGAAUCUCGAUUAUCAACUUACACCCUGCAUUGCCUGGUGCAUUCGAGGGCACCCAUGCGAUCGACCGGGCGUGGAAGGCUGGCCAGGAUGGUGAGAUCACGAAAGGCGGUGUCAUGAUUCACAAGGUCAUUGCCGAGGUCGACAGGGGUGAGCCUGUGUUAGUCAAAGAACUUGAUUUCAUUAAAGGAGAAACGCUCGAGGAGUACGAAGGCAGAGUGCACAAGGUGGAACACGAGGCGAUCGUAGAGGGUACGAACAUUGUGUUGGAAGAGUUAUCGGCUGACGAGUUGGUGGAGAAGUGCGAGAAGUUACUGGUGGGUAAGUAG